CAAACUGAUCCAGGACGCCAUCUUGCCAGACACCGACUCUCCGGUCCAGCAGGCGGCGCUCGUCACCGUUUAAACCGCCUCCCGGUGCCGUGUUCCGUCACUAAGGAAACAAGAUGGCGUCCGGCAGCGGGUCCAGUAAGAACGACUUCCGUCGGAAGUGGGACAAAGACGAGUAUGAGAACCUGGCUCAGAAACGCCUGGCUGAGGAGCGAGACCGGGAGAGGAGAGAUGGGAAGACGGCGCCCCCGGUCAAGAGGGACCUCCUGCGUCACCGAGACUACAAGGUGGACCUGGAGUCGAAGCUGGGGAAGACCAUCGUCAUCACCAAGACCACCCCUCAGGCUGAGAUGGGCGGUUAUUACUGUAACGUCUGCGACUGCGUCGUGAAGGACUCCAUCAACUUCCUGGAUCACAUCAACGGCAAAAAACACCAGAGGAACCUGGGCAUGUCGAUGAGGGUGGAGCGAUCGUCUCUGGAUCAGGUGAAGAAGCGUUUCGAGGUGAACAAGAAGAAGCUGGAGGAGAAACAGAAAGAGUACGACUUUGAGGAGCGCAUGAAGGAGCUGAGGGAGGAGGAGGAGAAGGCGAAGGCGUACAAGAAGGAGAAGCAGAAGGAGAGGAAGCGUCGGGCGGAGGAGGACGUGGACUUCGAGGAGGACGACGAGAUGGCGGCGGUGAUGGGAUUCUCCGGCUUCGGCUCGUCCAAGAAGAGUCACUGACGCUUCGCCACACGAGUCCACGCCGAGGACCGGGACAGGAAGCUGGUUUUUGCUCCUCCUCCUUUUCAGUCAGGUGGAGUUUGAGACCAGAAGCAGACUGUAACACAGGACGGAGGACGACUCCUUCACCGUCCUGGUUCAGACUCUUACUUUUUCAUUUACAGCCAGGACUCUUAUUUUGGUAGUUUGAUCCAUCGCUGUCUGUCCUCCUGCAGCUUCCUGUCAGAGAUCCUAAGGCUUCGUCAGUGAAGCUGCAGAGAAAAGGUUUCAGAUCUGAGAGAAACAGACGCUCGAAAACAAGAAAGAAAUCUGUGGAAGUUUCCUUUAAGAUAAGAAAACUGACGAUGUGUUCGAGUCCCUGCAGAUAAAACCUCAUCAGAAACCAGAGACUCUGAGCUGUCGGAGCUUUUCUCCUUCACACAGAAAUAAACGUUAAUUUGAUAAAUACACAGACAAACAACAACAGUCUGAACUUUGACCUGUUAACUUUAUUUCUGACGGCAGAGAAAAGCUCAAACAGACGCAGAUGUUUGUUCAGUUUUCGUCUGUUUUUUGUUGUAGAAACUUCAGAUUUUCAUAAAGAAUAAAGUUUUUUGUUUCCAGCUG